AGGACUUUACAGUUUUGGACCUGACGGACUCUCCGGGACUGUUUACCGGAUCAGACCAGCAGAGCGGACCGGGACCAGAUUCCGGAUCGGGAUCAGCCUGGGAUUACACCUGGAGGAGACGGGAUUCCGCUCCGGUGGCCACAGCAGGAUGAAAACGUUCACCUAAACAUUACCUCAGUAUGACAUCAUCGAGGCCCACCUCCUUCCCCCACCCAGUGCACCAUCAUCUUCAUCAUCACCUUCUUCAUCAUCAUCAGCCUGUCUUAUUUGGGAUUGGACAGAGCCUCAGUCAGUCCUCACCGUGGCCCCGCCUCUUCCUUUCUCUCUGGAUCUGGAUUGGUGGACAGGUGUUCCAGGUGAGCGCCUCCCACCAGCACAUCCAUCCUCACUCCAUCAAGAUACCUGGUGACAUCACUCUGGGGGGGCUGUUCCCUAUCCAUGCUCGCGGCCCCCACGGUCUGCCCUGCGGCGAGCUGAAGAAGGAGAAGGGGAUCCACCGAAUGGAGGCCAUGAUGUACGCUCUGGACCAGAUCAACAGCGACCCCGAGCUGCUGCCCAACAUCACCCUGGGGGCCCGGAUCCUGGACACCUGCUCCAGAGACACCUACGCCCUGGAACAGUCGCUCACCUUCGUCCAGGCCUUGAUCCAGAAGGACACGUCCGACAUUCGCUGCUCCAACGGAGAACCGCCCCUCAUCCGAAAACCAGAGAGGGUGGUGGGCGUGAUCGGGGCAUCUGCCAGCUCUGUGUCCAUCAUGGUGGCCAACAUCCUGAGACUGUUUGAGAUCCCUCAGGUGAGCUACGCCUCCACAGCUCCAGAGCUCAGCGAUAAUAAUCGAUACGACUUUUUCUCACGGGUGGUCCCUCCGGACUCGUACCAGGCUCAGACCAUGCUGGACAUCGUGAAGGCGCUGGGAUGGAACUACGUGUCCACGCUGGCGUCAGAGGGCAACUACGGCGAGAGUGGCGUCAACGCCUUCAUGCAGAUCUCCAGAGAGGCCGGGGGUGUGUGUAUCGCUCAGUCAGUCAAGAUUCCUCGUGAGCCAACAGACGGGGAGUUCGAUAAAAUCAUCAGACGUCUGAUGGAGACGAGUAACGCUCGUGUGGUCAUCAUCUUUGCCAACGAGGACGACAUCAAGUGUGUCCUUGAGGCAGCGAAGCGUGCUAACCUGACAGGUCACUUCCUGUUUGUGGGGUCAGACAGCUGGGGAGCGAAGAGUUCUCCAAUCGCAGAGCUGGAAGACGUCGCAGAGGGCGCCGUCACCAUCCUGCCCAAGCGAGCAUCCAUAGACGGCUUCGAUCAGUACUUCACGUCUCGUUCUCUGGAGAACAAUCGGAGGAACAUCUGGUUUAAUGAGUUCUGGGAGGAUGACUUCAGGUGCAAACUGACCAGACCUGGAAUCAAACUGGACCCUGACAAGAAGAAGUGUACAGGUAAGGAGCGGAUAGGUCAGGACUCGGCAUACGAGCAGGAAGGGAAGGUUCAGUUUGUGAUUGACGCGGUGUACGCUGUGGCGAAUGCGCUGCACAGCAUGCAGCAGGACCUUUGUCCCAGUAGCACCGGAGUCUGCAGCGACAUGGACCCUGUGGAGGGACGUCUGCUGCUGGGCUACAUCAGAGCGGUCAACUUCAACGGCAGUGCUGGGACAACUGUUAUGUUCAAUGAGGACGGAGACGCUCCAGGUCGUUAUGACAUCUUCCAGUUUCAGCUGACCAAUCACAGCCAUCCUGGGUAUCAUGUGAUUGGCCAGUGGACCAAUAACCUGAGACUCAACUUGGAGGAGAUGCAGUGGUCUGGAGGGGGGAAAUCUGUUCCGGAGUCAGUUUGUAGUUUUCCAUGUAACCCAGGGGAGAGGAAGAAGAUGGUGAAGGGGGUCUCCUGCUGCUGGCACUGUGAGCUCUGUGACGGGUAUCAGUUCCAGGUAGACGAGUUUAACUGUGAGACUUGUCCGUCAGACAUGCGCCCCGCCCCCAACAGAACCACCUGCCGUCCAACUCCAAUCAUCAAACUGGAGUGGAACUCUCCCUGGGCCCUCGUGCCUGCCUCCAUUGCCAUGCUUGGUAUCCUAGCAACCAGCGCUGUGAUGAUCACCUUUAUGCGUUUCAAUGAGACACCUAUCGUCAGGGCUUCUGGGAGAGAGCUUAGUUACGUCCUCCUGACAGGUAUCUUUCUGAUCUACCUGAUCACGUUCCUGAUGAUCGCUGAGCCAGGUGUGUUAGUGUGUGCGCUGCGGCGCCUCCUGCUGGGCCUCGGCAUGGCGAUCACUUACUCUGCCAUGCUCACCAAAACCAAUCGGAUCUACCGGAUCUUUGAGCAGGGCAAGAGGUCUGUGACUCCGCCCAAAUUCAUUAGCCCCACCUCCCAGCUCAUCAUCACCUUCAUCCUCAGCUCAGUCCAGGUCCUGGGGGUGUUUGUGUGGUUCGCUGUGGUCCCUCCUCACACCAUCAUCGACUACGAGGAGCUCCGCCCUCCUAACCCUGACCUGGCCCGCGGGAUCCUGAAGUGUGACAUGUCAGACCUGUCGAUCAUCGGCUGCCUGAGCUACAGCAUCGUGCUAAUGGUAACCUGUACAGUGUACGCCGUGAAGAGUCGGGGUGUUCCAGAGACGUUCAAUGAGGCCAAGCCGAUCGGUUUCACAAUGUACACCACCUGCAUCAUCUGGCUCGCCUUUGUACCCAUCUUCUUUGGUACCGCCCAGUCCACAGAAAAGAUGUUUAUCCAGACAGCAACUCUGACGGUCUCCAUGUCGCUCAGCGCCUUCGUCUCUCUCGGGAUGCUUUAUAUUCCAAAGGUUUACGUUAUCAUCUUCCACCCUGAGCAGAACGUCCAGAAAAGGAAGAAGAGCUUCAAGGCUGUUGUCCAAGCUGCCAAGAUGUCCCAGAAUUCACCAAAUGAGAAACAGAAUGGAGAGGCGAAGAUGGUACCGGACAGAUCACAGUGAAACUCCAAGUAUUCAGAUGGACGGAGCGCUUGGUCAAAUCCCUUCCCGUGAUGGUCAAAACGCUUCCCCUGAUGGUCAAAACGCUUCCCUGAUGGAAUAAACACUUCCCUGAUGGUCAAAACACUUCCCUGAUGGAAUAAACACUUCCCUGAUGGACAAAACACUUCCCUGAUGGUCAAAACACUUCCCUGAUGGAAUAAACACUUCCCUGAUGGACAAAACACUUCCCUGAUGGUCAAAACACUUCCCUGAUGGAAUAAACACUUCCCUGAUGGUCAAAACGCUUCCCCUGAUGGUCAAAACGCUUCCCUGAUGGAAUAAACACUUCCCUGAUGGUCAAAACACUUCCCUGAUGGAAUAAACACUUCCCUGAUGGACAAAACACUUCCCUGAUGGACAAAACACUUCCUGUGGUGGUCAAAACGCUUCCCCUGAUGGUCAAAACCCUUCCCCUGAUGGACAAGACGCUUCCCUGAUGGACAAAACACUUCCCUGGUGGACAAAACACUUCCCUGGUGGACAAAACACUUCCCUGAUGGAAUAAACACUGCCCUGAUGGUCAAAACACUUCCCUGAUGGUCAAAACACUUCCCUGAUGGACAAAACACUUCCCUGAUGG